AUGCAUCUCCCCAUCAUCUCGUCGUUAAUUUCCUAUCUCCUUCCAGCCUCAACAUCAUCUCAAAUACCACUAUCAUCUCAUCAGGAGCCCACAUAUAUAACGUUUGCAGCCUCCCACGAACAUGCGCUGAGUUUCCUACCAAACAGUUCAACACCUAUCACCCUCUUCCGGAACGCGUCCAACUCGUUGCUCGAUGGCCUCUUGUCCCUGCGUCUGCGGUCCGUUCCCACUCGCGUCUAUCGUCCUCGAUCACAGCAAGUGUUCCACGAGGGCCGUCGAAAUGGGCGCAUGAGUGGACAGCUGCUAGAUGUGCCCUGGGACGAGGAUGUCGUACCUGGCCCCGAUGUAUCUGAUAGGGAAACCGUCCUCCUCCUGGCGAAGAUGACGAGUAACGCAUACACGUCACCGGAGAAUUCAGACUGGUACCCUCUUGGAGAUAGGUGGAACUACUCCGAGCCUUUCGGCUGGGAACCCGACGCAGACGGCUUCCGGGGACACAUCUUUGUCUCCACCGACAGUCCACCGACGGUCGUUCUCUCCAUCAAAGGUACCUCCGUGCCCGUGGUUGCGCCUGGACCCUCAUCGGGCAAAGACAAGCUGAACGACAACCUGUUAUUCUCGUGCUGUUGCGCACGUGUCUCUCCUACUUGGUCAACGGUGUGCGACUGUUUUUCCGGUGGGUGGAAAUGCGACCUGGGCUGCUUGUCCGAAGCACUCAAGGAGGAGAGCUUGUUUUACACCGUUGGCACGAGCUUGUACAACAACCUUACCUACAUGUACCCGGAUGCGAACAUCUGGGUCACCGGUCACUCUCUGGGGGGAAGCAUAGCCGGCUUGUUGGGGCUCACGUUUGGCGUUCCCGUCGUAUCCUUCGAGGCACCUCCGGAAAAACUCGCCUCGCGUCGUCUGCAUCUCCCGCUCCCACCAAGCGACGACCACCUGGUGCAUAUCUACCACACCGCGGAUCCCUUAGCUGUCGGUACGUGCAACGGUAUCACGAGCGUGUGCAAUGCCGCGGGAUACGCGCUCGAGACGAAAUGCCACAAUGGAAGGACGAUACGGUACAACACCGUGGAAGAGAAGGGAUGGGGGGUGAGCGUGAGGACGCACUCGAUCGUUUAUAUUAUCAACUAUCUGCUGAACGAAGACUGGAACGCGAACGUCUCUGUGCCAGAAGCGAGCAGGGAGUACGAGGAAGGUUGUAUUGACUGCUACAAGUGGGAGUUUGGUGACUGGCUGAAUACCACAGAUGCUGAAUGCUAA